CUUAGUUUUACAAUAAGAGCUUUGUUUGGACACCUCAGCAGUUGUCAGCUGUUGUGUGUUUUUGUUGAAAUGGUUUAGAACCACCUCCCUUCAGAUGCUGAUGCUUCAACAAACACAUCUUUGUUGCCACAUGACUCUGAUCUGACCCUUCUGUUUUUUUGGUAAGGGUUUCUGGGUGAUAACUUGUGCUAUUGAACUGGGACUUGUGUACCAUUUCCUGCAGCAUCACAGAGCUUUGGUGAAAGCCAAACCCGUUCUGUCUUGGCAUCAUGUGCCUCCCCCAGCAGAAUGCUGUUAGAGAUUGUUUUUGAUUUGAUGUCUGCUGCAGAUGUGUUGGAGUAAACUGCUGCAGGGUGAGUCUGAAGAUAGCUCCUGCCCAUGGGAACGCAUGUCAUGUUUGUUUUUCUGGGCAGUGAAGCAGAUGCAACUGUACUUGUGCUGUGAGUAAAGAUGCUUUUCAGGAGGAGUGUGUCUACAUUGUACAGGUGCUUUUUUUAAAAAACAAAAUACUUUUCCUCUGAGAUUACUGUCUCACACCCACAAGAACUCAUGCUGCUCUGCAGUAAAGACAAGACUGCAGUUAGGGUGAGUUAAUAGCCACCCCCCUUUUCAUCAUGAACAGUGCCCUGAUCUGAAGUAGUUGGCUUUCGUGGUUCCUUCCCUCAGAGCAGGGAAGCUCAGCGUUCUGCAGCUUCUCUUGUCAGGCACAGAGAGGCUCUGCUCUGAGACCUGUCCCAUCCUGCCUUUCCCCAGCUGUGCCCUUGAUUUUGGGGUUUGCUGCUGCGUUUGCUUGGGUUUAAUUCAUGCCUGGAUCAUCUGGCACCAACCUGGUGACAGUUUGGGAUGGAAAACAAGCUGAGGAUAUCUUUUAUUCAGUGGGUAUUACUGAGUUCUGGAUCACUUAUCUCUGGGGCUUGCUAAUGAGGAAACGUUUAGGGAGCUUUCACAUUUCAUGCUUAGUGCUUUUGAUUGUACUUAACUUGUACUUAAAUAGCAAAAAUGGAAAAGGGAGGAGGAUGUGGGAUGAGGCUUCUGUUGAAACAAAAGGAAAAGUUGGCCAAUGCAGUGACGUAAAGCCAAUGGUGAUAUUUGGGAUGGCUGAGAUCCUGUGUGAAGGAUUUUUCAGUGCUGGUGUCACAUAGAUGACAAUUUAAAAUGAGCUGGGUCUGCCUGUAAGCACCCAGCCAGCUGCAGUGGGGUUCAGUACAGGAUUUAUGGGCUUAGAGGCAUGUGUUACUGCCAUGUAAGCAGAGAGCAUGGAAAUUAAUGUGAGAAUCCACCUGCAGAGGUGAAGAGGAGUGUGCAAGGUGCUCAUUGUGGACGGGCUUGAAGCUAUGAGUGUUUCUCUACUGCCUUGUAGAGGCUUAAGUCAUCACUGAAUCACUUCCUUUAUUUAAGAUCAUACUUAUGUAGCAAUGGGGAAAAAAAAAAAAUCAGCUCUUCACUUUAAUGUGUUCAUCUGCUGCCUGAGCAAAACCCAAGUACCCCUAAUGCUGGAAGCCCCCCCUUCUUUUUGGGGGAGGAGAGAAGGAUGAGAGCACUGCCAGAACCCAACUGGCACUAAGAACACAAAGGCUUUUAAAACACGAGUUUCUGACUUGCCAAAAGCUGUCAGAUGCAAACUUGGGCCCUUCUGUUCCUUCAUCUUAGUUCUUUCCAUGGCUUCUGCUGUGAGCAUAAACGGAGCUGAACUCCUUAGAGAGGAGUUGUGAGGUGGGAGUGAAGCUCUGGGAGGUGAGUACUGAGGGAGGAGGAGGAAAACAGCCAUUUUGCUCAGGCAGAAAAGUGAAAAAGCUGCUUAAAAAUGACCACACGAGCUCAUAGCUGCCUGACAAGAUAACCUUUGAUUCAAUAGCGAGUUACAGAAAGCCUUAUUUGGGCUGCAAGGGUGAUAGGAGUAAGGGAGAGGAAUAAAUGAGGGAAUGAUACAAACGAGGCUUUCCGAUAGGCGGAGGCCGAGGGCUGCUCUCCCGCUGCCCCCUCCGCACCACGCGGGGCGGCGGCGUUUCCCGACGGGGCGGAGCGGAUCCGGCGCUGGGGCGGCCGCUGCGGAGGCUCCGUCGGUGUCGGUGCUCCUAGGAGAGCUCCGUAGGUUUUGCAGCUGGGAAGAGCUUUGCAGAUUAAGUCCUGCUCCGACAAGUUUCGGAGAAGCCUGUGCCAUGCUGCGGUGCCUUUCCUGCCCCGUGCUGGGCUGCUCUGGGCACGCGUUUCCCUUGGCCUCAUCCCAGCGUUCCUCCGAGGGACUUUUUGCAGCAGAACCGUCAGGGGCUGAAGGCGGAGCGGAGCCACCUCCCCAUGUGCAGGAGCAGGCUUCAGGCAGGCGUGAGUUCUGGACCUGGCUGCUCCAUUCUGAUGAGGAAAUUCUAGAGGUGCUUUCGAGCAACGAGAGCUGCAGUGUGGCUGUGCCAUGGCGGCGGUGGUGGCAGAGAAGCUCAGCCGCCUCUUCAUCAACGUGCGCCAGGUCCCCCAGCUGCUGGCCCCCCCAGUGCCCACCACUGUCAGCAGCUCCGAGGUGCCGAGGGUUUUCUGGAAGCCUUACAUCCACACCGGCUACCGCCCGGUGCACCAAACCUGGAGCUAUUACUUCUCCACGCUCUUCCAACAACACAACGAAGCCAUCAACGUGUGGACUCACCUGGUGGCCACGCUGAUCCUGCUGCUGCGCUUCCAGCAGCUCUCCCAGAGGGUGGAUUUUGGGCAGGACCCGCACGCCCAGCCGCUCCUCAUCAUCAUCACGGCAUCCAUCACCUACCUGACGUUCAGCACGCUCGCUCACCUCCUGCAGGCCAAGUCUGAGUUCUGGCACUACAGCUUCUUCUUCAUGGACUACGUAGGGGUGGCCAUCUACCAGUAUGGCAGUGCGCUGGUGCACUACUACUAUGCCAUCGAGCCCAGCUGGCACGAGAAGAUCCAGGGCUUCUUCAUGCCCACGGCUGCACUGCUGGCCUGGCUGUCAUGUGCAGGUUCGUGCUACGCCAAGUUCCACUUCCACCAGUCAGCAUGGCUGCUGAGCCGGCUGUGCCAGGAGGUGCCCUCGGGCCUGGCCUACCUGCUGGACAUCAGCCCUGUUGUGCACCGCAUCUGCACCGCAUCACCUGCGGGGCACACGGACCCGGCCCUGCUGUACCACAAGUGCCAGGUGCUGUUCUUCCUCAUCGGUGCCUUUUUUUUCUCCCAUCCUUACCCAGAGAAAUUGCUCCCUGGGAAAUGCUAUUUCUUCGGGCAGAGCCAUCAGAUUUUUCAUGUCUUUCUGGUGCUUUGCACGCUGGCACAGAUCGAGGCCGUGGUGCUGGACUAUGAGUCCAGGCGGCACAUCUAUUCCUCAUUGCAGGGUGACUUGGCACACCACUUCUCUGCCCUGUGUGUCUUCACUGUGACCUGCUCCGUGCUCACAGCUGCAUACAUGGCACGGAAGGUGAAGGACAAACUAAGCUUCAAAGAAGACUGAGAUCCAGGGCAGAGCAGGGGAUGCCAUGGCCAAAGCUGCAUGCUCCGAGGAGAGGAAGGAAGCGCUUUGCAAACUGUCACUUGGCACUGCUCUCUCCAGGGAGGGAAAAUAAGAGCUGCUCUUCGUGCUUUUUAAUUCAGAAUUAAUCCCAUCUUAUUCAUGAAAUAGUGCACUGAUUUAAUUCCGAUAUCUGAAUAAACAGAUAGAACCACGUGGCAGUGUGGUGCAGCCUGGUC